AUGAUUUCUCGAUUUGAUUUCAUUUGGAAUCUUCAAGCAUUGGAUGAAGGUCGAGAAAUGGAAAAAAAGCAUGCACAGAAUCGAGCUGUCCUUGAGAAUAUUCUGCCAGCACAUAUUGCUGAAUAUUUCCUCAAAGAAAAUCAAAUGCAAAGGGCUGAAUUAUACUCGGAAGCUCGUGAAAAUGCCGCGAUAGUAUUUAUCACAAUUACUGAAUUCGAUAAAUUUUAUAUGGAAUUGGAUGCUAACAACGAAGGUGUAGAAUGCUUGAGACUUCUCAAUGAAAUUAUCGUCGAUUUUGAUACAGUAAGCUGUUAG